CUAUUUAACGGUCAUAACGAAUAAUGAUACCUCCAUUCUCUAGUGAUUUUUUUUAGUAAUUACUUCGUUGUUUUUUCGAUUAUAAACGCGUAAUUUAUACGAAUAAACAGCAAAUUACAUGUUUGUUGAUCAAUAUUCAAGAACCUGAUAUUUUGAAACCAUAAUGGACAAUUUCGAAUCCACUUUUCUUCGUUGGAUAUGUUUAUUUGAUGAAUUUAAAGACAAUGAAUAUUCAAGUAUAAAAAAUCUUGUAUCCAGUACAUCGUUUAAGCAAUUUGUUGAUAAUGUAUUUUGUUUGAAAUGUUCUUCAGAUUUGAGUACAGAAGAUACACAAGUUUACAACACUAUAAAAGUGAAUUAUUGUGAGUUUGAAGUCCAAAAGUAUGAAGACUUAUACAAUAAAGAAAAUUCAAUCUACACUUGUGUCGUGGUUUUGCUACAUGCAUUAUUAAAAUGUACAAAUGACAAAUUUAGAAAUCAGUUAAGUGAAAGAAUGAAUAAUGAAGAACAAGAAUUACUUGCAAAUUUUUUAAAAGCUACACAAUCUUUAUUGUUCACCAAACAAAAUAUUUCUGAAGCACUUGUAUUAAUAAGUGAUUCUAAGCAUACUUCUAUUAAUGUUUCAGAAGUUUAUUCAAAUAACAAUACACCAAUCAAAUCAAAAUCAAUGCGGCGAAGCUAUUUACAAGAAUUUUGUGAGUCACCAAAAUCUCAGUGUUUAAUAAAUCAAGAGAAAGAAAAAUAUAUCACCAAACUUACUGAAGACUAUAAAAAUGAAUGUGAAGAAAACUACAAGUUGGCUGAAAAUGUUAAAUAUCUAAAAGAGCUUAAUACUCAACUAAGUAAUAAAUUAGAAGACAAAGAUAAAAUAUUACAAUUAUUGAAAGAUGAAAUCAAAGAAUAUUCCAAACCAAAUCAGUCUCCAGAAAAUAAAACAGAUAAUACAUUAAUUAUAAAAAAAUUAAAUAGGGACAAAAAAGAUUUGGAGAUGAAUUGCAAUGAAUUAAAACAACAAGUAACAGAACUUGAUAAAAAACAUAAAGAGCUUAAUGGAAAAUUUGAAAUGAAAACUUCAGAGUAUAAUAAUCUUAUUUUAACGUUUGAUAAUGUUGAAAGCGAAAAUAUGAUGUUAAAAGAAAACAUGAAAUUAUUUGAAGCAACCAUAAAAGCAAAAGACUUAGAAAUAACUUCUUUAAAAGAUGAAUUAUGUAAUAAAUCAAUAACAAAUAAUCCAACAAAUAUAAGCAGCCAAGAAGCUAAUUCUAUGCCUCCAAAUACAUUAUUUAAUGAAUUGAGUUGUUUGAAAUUAGAAGAAAUAACACAUGAUAAAGAGAAAUACAGACAUAAGUACAAAUCAAUAAAAAAGGAAUUAUCAAAUACUGAAAUCCAUGUUAAAGAAUUAAAUGAUAAAAUAAUUAUAUUAGAAAAAAAGUUGAAUGAUUAUGAAACUCAUAAAGAUGAAUUGAUAGAUCAAUUCACAAACAAAAAAAAAGAACUUCAAGAAUGUCAAAAGAAAAAAAAUAAUUUAGAAUCAAAAAUUAAGCAUCUUAAAGAUACUAUCAAAGACAAUGAAAAUCAUAUUGAAUCCCUUUGUUCUAAGUUAGAUAAAAGAGAAAAACAAAUUGAGAUGUUAUCUGUUGAAAUGGAUUCUGUGAAAAAAUCAAAAACUAUGAUUGAACUAAUUUUAAGCAAAACUAACACCGAAAUUGAAGCAAUACAUGAAGAAUAUGAUGAAAAAGUAAAAAAAUUCCAGUCAACGAUAGAAGAAUAUAAAAAUUCGGAAAAUUUAUCUCAUCAAAACUUAAUUGACUUGGAGAAUAAUUUGAAAAAUGUUCAAGAUAAUUUAGCAAAUAAAGAACACAUUAUUAUUUUUUAUGAAGAAAAAAUGGCUGAAAAUUACCAAAUUAUUGGUACUCAAGAAGAGCAAUUGAAAACUAUGUAUCAAGAAAAGCUAUUAUUAGAAUCACAUUUGAAAAAUGUAAAAGUAGAAAUUGAAACACAACAGAAAAAUUUUAAUGACAAAAAUCAUGAGAUGGAAAACUAUUUAGAAUAUUAUUUAGAUGAGUUGAAAGAUAUUAAAAAUGAAAAAACAAAAAUUGAAGAAAUUUUACAUUGUAAAAAAAAUGAAAUAGAUCAACAACUAGAACUAAUUAACUAUCAAAAAGAUAUAAUUAAAACAUUACAAUCAGAACAAUGUAGCCAACAACUUAUCAUAAAUGAUCUUAAUGAAGUUUUGCAGCAAAAAUCUUCUGAAAAUAAAGAUUUAAGUGCAAAAGUACUUGAAACUACAUCAGAUUUAAAUAAGUUGAAUGAAAAACUUAGUGUGGCUCUGGCUGAUAAUGAUAUUAUAGAAACAAAUUUGAAAAAAAAUGAAUUGCAAAUGAAAACUUUGAAAGAAGAAUUUCAGUGUCAGAUUAAUGAUAUGAAAAAUGUAUUAGAAAAUCAAAAUAAUCAGUAUAUAAAAAAGGUUGAGAAAUUACAAGAUAAUUUAGAUAAAAAACAAAAUGAUUUUAAUGAACAACUUAUAGUAUGUAAUAAACUAACUGAAACUAUUUCUCAGUUACAAGUAGAAAAAAAAGAAUUAGAGGAAAAAUUAAAAUUAAGUAAUCUAGAUUUAAAUCAAAAACAGAUACAAUUUGAACAAAUUACUAAAGAGAAUAAUAAAUUGAAACAAAAUGUUGAUUAUAUUGAAAAUCAAUGUCUUGAUUUACAACAUAAAUUAAAUGAUUUGAAUAACAUUAUAUUAAAAAAAGAAGAAGACAUAAAAUUAUUGAAAGUUGAUAUAUCAGAAAAUUCAGUUUUGAAAGAAAGCCUACAGAAACAAGUUAUUGAAGUACAGCAAGUUUUGAACAAUAAAAAUAUUGAGUUAGAAGAUCAAAUUCAACAAUACAAUGAGCAAAGAGAAGCAAUCAUAAAAUUAAACUUGGAAAAAGAGUGUCUUAAUGAUAAAAUAAUAAACCUCGAAGAAUCACUAACUCAUAACGAAUACAAAUUUAAUUUAUGUGAAGGGAAAUUAUAUGAUUGCAGUAAUACAGUUGAUGAUUUGGAAAAAAAAAUAAAUGAGAUAAAAAAUGAAAAGUCAUUUUUAGAAUUGGAAUUGAAAGAAACUAUUACUAAAUUAUCAAAAGCAAACCAAGAUCUUACCCUACAAUUAGAAAUCAAUGAAACAAAUUUAUUAAACACUCAAGAAAAAUUAAUUCUUGAACAAGAUGAAUUGAAGAAAGAAAUAGAAAAGUCAAAUGAACAAAUAAAGACAAUAUCUAUUUUGAAUGCGGAAAAUGUUAGGUUAGAAGAAGAAACCAACAAACUUCAAAAAUGCUUAAACAUAAAUGAUGAUACUAUAAAGUCAUUGCAAGAAAAAGUUCUUGCUUGUGAAAAUCAGUAUGAAGAAUUACAAACAUUGAAGACAAAUUUAGUAUCUGAACUUAGUGAAAAGCAAUUGAAAUUAGUUAAUUUACACCAGGAGUCUAAGCAACAACUUGAUGAUAUGAAUAUCAAGUAUAAUGAAGUACAAGAAAAGUAUAAUAACAAACAGAUUGAACUUGAUGAAUUCUUUACUAGAUAUAACUGCCUUAUGAAAACUGUUACUCAUUUAACCACGGAAAGGGAUAAUUUAAUUAAUAAAACUGAUACGCUUGAGAAUAAUUUAUUAAACAAAGAUAUUAUUAUUACAACUAAUCAAGAAAAAUUACUUGAGUAUGAAGAAAUGAAUAAUAAAAUUUUAACUGAAAAGACUGCAAUGGAAGUAGAUUUAAAUCUACGUCUUAAAGAAAUGGAAACAAAAUUAGCCGACUUGCAAGAAGAACUAAAUCUCAUGCAUUUAAGCUUAGAAACUCGGGAAAAAGAAAUUGAUCAACAUUUAAAGACCAUCUUCAGUUUGACUUCAGAUAAAGAUAAUUUAAUAAAUGAAACAAAAACACUUAAAGAUUGUUUAUUAGAAAAAGAAAAAAUUUUAUCAUUAAAUGAUACAAAAUUUAUUGGAUUUGAAACACAAUUAAGUGAACUACAAAGUCUAAAAAAUUUCUUAGAAACAGAACUCAAUGAUACUAAAACACAAUUACACAAUAUUCAACACAACCUAACUCAAACACUAGAAGUAAAAAAUAAACAACUACAAGAUGUUGAGGAAAAACAUAUAAAUUUGCAAGAAGAAUUGGAUAAACAAAACAAAAAGCUCAAUGAAAACCAAUUGAAAUUAAUUAAUUUACACCAGGAGUCUGAGCAACAACUUGAUGAUAUGAAUAUCAGGUAUAAUGGAGUACAAGAAAAAUGUAAUAACAAACAGAUUGAACUUGAUGAAUUCAUUACUAGAUUUAACUGCCUCAUGAAAACAGUUAUACAUUUAACCACAGAAAGAGAUAAUUUGAUUAAUAAAACUGAUAUGCUUGAGAAUACUUUAUUAAAUAAAGAUAUUAUUAUUACAACUAACCAAGAAAAAUUACUUGAGUAUGAAGAAAUUAAUAAUAAAAUAAUAACUGAAAAAACUGUAAUGGAAGUAGAUUUAACUCAACGUCUUAAAGAAAUGGAAACAAAAUUAGCUGACUUGCAAGAAGAACUAAAUCUCAUGCAUUUAAGCUUAGAAACUCGGGAAAAAGAAAUUGAUCAACAUUUAAAUACCAUCUUCAGUUUGACUUCAGAUAAAGAUAAUUUAAUUAGUGAAACAAAAGCACUUAAAGAUUGUUUAUUAGAAAAAGAAAAAACUUUAUCAUUAAAUGAUACAAAAUUGAUUGGAUUUGAAACACAAUUAAAUGAACUACAAAGUCUAAAAAAUUUCUUAGAAGCAGAACUCAAAGAUACUAAAACACAAUUACUCAAUAUUCAACACAACCUAACUCAAAAACUUGAAGUAACAAAUAAACAACUACAAGAUGUUGAGGAAAAACAUAUUAAUUUGCAAGAAGAAUUGGAUAAACAAAACAAAUGUUCAAUUGAACAAAUAGAGAAAAUCAAUUCAUUAAUGUGCGAAAAAAAUAAUUUGAUAAAUGAGACUAAUAAUCUCAAAGAAUAUUUAGUUCAAAAUGAAACUGAUUUAGAGUUAACUCAGAAUAAAUUGCAGGAUUAUGAUAAACAAAAUAAAGAAAUAGAAAGUCGAAAUACAUCUUUGUUGAUAGAAUUGAAUCAACUGAAAUGUCAGUUCAAUAAUUUACAUCAAGAAUCCACUGAAGAAAUUGAUAAAAUCAAUAAAAAAAAAUUGGAAGCUCAAGAACAAAUUAACCUUAAGCAAACUGAAAUGAAUGAACAUAUCAAACUAAAAAAUGAUUUAAUAAUUGAUAUCUACAAGAAAAUAAAUUACUUAAAAUGUAUGAAAAUUGAAAUGGAAUCAAUGCUAAAGAAAGAAAGAAAAAAUUUUGAAACAUGUUUUGAAACUUGUUUGAAUUAUUCAUUUAACCAUGUUAACAACAAACCCAAAGUGGAUCAUCAUGAUUCAUUAAUCGAAGUUAUAACUUCUGCAGAUACAUUUAUUGAACAAAAUGGUAUUCAACUUGCCCGAGUUGAAAACUAUGAUGAAUACUUUAUUAUUGAAAAGGUGAAAAAAAUAUUUGAAGCUUUGAAAAUGUUUAUAAUUAGUUUAAAAUCACAAGGAAAUGAACAAACAAUUAAUGACACUAGUAAUGAGUCUAAUGAAACUUAUACCGAAUUACUUGCUUUAUCAAAAACUCAACAAGCAACCAUUAAACAUUUAGAAAAUGAAAUGUCUACAUUAAAAUCUGAAUGCAAUUACAAAAUGACAAAAGUCCAACAAAAAACUCAAGAGUAUGUAACCUCAGAAUAUGAAAAGAAGUUUGAACGAAAACGAGAACAAAUGAAACAAUUUUGUAAAGAUUUAGAGGCAAAAAUUCAUCAAGAUUAUGAAACUAAACUGUCAAAAUACAAAGAUAAGAUAACCAAAGAUGAAAUUCAUAUUAAAGAACUUGGUCAGCAGUUGUGGGAAGUUAGUGAAAAAUAUUUAAAGUUACAACAAAAAGACAGAAGAGAAUCAACAAUGUCCUUACCAUUUGAAAUGUCAAUGAAUUCUGAAAUAACAACUACUCUCCCAAAAUAUAAUUCUUUUACAUUGCCAAAGUCUAGCUCAGUAGGUCAAAUCAGAUCACUAGUUGAAGAGACCACUCGUUCUUAUCAAGAUAAUACUAAACGAAAUGUGCCUGCAGGAAUCGGUAAAAAAUUCAGCUUAUCAUCUGGUAAAAUAUUUCCCAAAGAAGAAGAUGAAGAAGGUGAAAUGUUCAAUCACUCAUGUCUUUCAGAUUUAAAACAAGGUAAAGUAAGACUCAGUGAUAAUAAAAAACUAUAUAAUGAAAGACUGUCAGAACUACAAGCUCGCAACUCACUUUGUCCACCACAUUUAAGAAGUUGUUAUGCUGUAGAAACCAAUUUCUUGCCAAACACCUCAUUAGUUACAGAAGAAGACAUUAAGUCAACAGCUAAUUAUAGUGAUUAUGAGACUGAAAAUCUAAUCCCAAAUGAUCGUACAAAAAAAAAAGAUAGAAAUCAGACAUCUUAUAAAAAACCAGGACCACCAACUCCAAGCAAAAAUGGAGGUCGUGUUUCUUUAUCGAGCAAUCAAAAAAUCACAUUAAAAGAAUCUAAAGAAACAAAUACUAACAAAAGACGAGCCAGCAGUACACCUAACAAAUUAUUUAGCUUAUUUAUGAGCAAAAAGAAUUAAUUUUGUUUUAUAAAAAAUUGUUCAAGGUUUAAAA